ACAAAAAAAACUCCAAUAAUUGAAUCGAUUUUAUAUAUAAAGAGCCGAAAUAUUCCAAGGUCUCUGUAGUCUCAAAAAAAUCCAUUCCAAUUGCCAUUUCCCUCGUGUUCUAGAUACUUCUUCGGAGUUCCUCUCCAUCACCAAUGGCGUCCGAUCUGGAGACUAGGGCUAAAGAGGCAUUCAUCGACGACCACUUUGAACUCGCCGUUGACCUCUACACUCAAGCCAUAACGCUGAGCCCUAAGAACCCUGAACUUUUCGCCGACCGUGCUCAGGCCAAUAUCAAACUCAACUACUUCACUGAAGCUGUUGUUGAUGCGAACAAGGCCAUUGAGUUGGAUCCUACUAUGUCAAAAGCAUAUUUGCGCAAGGGGUUGGCCUGUAUGAAGCUUGAAGAAUACCAAACUGCAAAGGCAGCUUUGGAAAUUGGUGCCAGUUUAGCACCAGGAGAGUUAAGAUUCAGUAAGCUAAUGAAAGAAUGUGAUGAACAUAUUGCAGAGGAAGCUGGCGAAUUGCCUAAUCUGUCGGUGGAUAAAACCUCAGCUAGUGUUGUUGCACAUCCUACAUCUGAGUUAUCGGACAAUGUUGCUAUUGCGCCUGAAGGUGCUCAACCAACGGUCAACCAGUCCCAUCAAGGAUCUGCUGCCAAACCAAAAUACAGACAUGAAUUUUAUCAGAAACCAGAGGAGGUGGUGGUGACUAUAUUUGCCAAGGGCAUACCAGCCAAGAAUGUUGUUGUUGACUUUGGUGAACAAAUACUUAGUGUUAGUAUUGAUGUGCCAGGUGAAGAAACUUAUUCUUUCCAGCCUAGGUUGUUUGGCAAGAUAACACCUGCAAAAUGCAGAUACGAAGUGAUGUCUACCAAAAUUGAGAUCCGCCUUGCGAAAGCUGAGCUGUUACACUGGACAUCUCUCGAGUAUACAACGGAACCUGUUGUAAUUCAGAGGCCUAUUGUGUCAUCAGCUGCCCCGCGGCCCAGUUAUCCUUCCUCAAAACUGAGAAAUGUAGAUUGGGAUAAACUAGAAGCUGAAGUGAAAAAAGAGGAAAAAGAUGAAAAAUUGGAUGGAGAUGCAGCAUUGAACAAAUUUUUCAGAGACAUUUACCAAGAUGCUGACGAGGACACCAGAAGAGCCAUGAUGAAAUCCUUUGUGGAAUCUAAUGGGACUGUUUUGUCGACAAACUGGAAAGAAGUUGGCACAAAGAAGGUUGAAGGAAGCCCUCCGGAUGGCAUGGAGCUGAAGAAAUGGGAGAUCUAGAAUCGAUCCUCUGUUGAUGUUUUUUGACUUUGCAUUUUAAGUUGUUUCAUUGCUAUUUUUAUUAUAGAAGAAUCUGUUCAUAUUUUCUUUUCUAAGGUUUUAAGUUUUGUUCUUUGCUGUUGGAUUGAGAUAACAGUAAUAUAUCUUCAAAUUGUGGACAGCUUCUCUUUUCAA